GGGAUGUUAAUUCACUUAAAAAAUGUUCCCCUUGACGGUCCAAGAUUUUAUGUAGGGAAGUGUUCGAACGCAACUGCUCCUUCAAGUCCACUCCUACCACCAUGUCGAAAGAACUCCCGCUAAAAGUGCGCAUGGACAUUCGUGAUCAGUGGGACAACGCACAGUCCUCGGUUCGGGAAGCAAUUGCCACUCUCAAGAAAGUUUUGGGUCAUACCAUCGAGCCGCGAAUCGAAUGGCCCCUCUUGUGGGGUGCCCUCAAAGAAAAGUUUCCCGACAAUACAGUCUUCGUUCCCACUAUCGUGCGCUACACCAUUUCUUGGUAUGAGCGCUUGAGCGCCCGUUUGGAGAACGAAGCCUACGCCGAUUGGGCAGAACAGUUGUUGGAGGCACUUCAAGACGGUCGGUGGCUGUCGCUUACUAUUGAGGCUGCAGAGUCAAAGGUCACCCGUCCAGUCGCCAAGUGGGAAGCAAAGUUCGCAACAUUCAACUUCUACAUCCCCAAGACCGAGCCCGUAUCUCAGGCCAAGCUCGAAACGGGAUUGGACAAGGACUUGGAGAAUUUGUUCAAUGACGACGCCAAAGAUGAUGACUGGGCUGAAGUGAAAGUGGAAGCAAUUUCGACACGUCCAACCCUGCCUCCAGCCCGAGUCACUGCUGUUGCGGCUCCGAUUGGAGACGAGCUUCCCAUCAUUGAACGCAUGCCAGUGUUGGAUGGUCUUGCACGUCCCAACCAACUUUUCCAGUCGACAGCACCAUACAUCCUCAUUGUUGAAGAACGCGGUGCAACGAUUGUUGUUCAAAGCAGCCAUGAGUCAAGUCUCGAACUUCUUUCCUCGUACUUGAACAAGUGGAGCAGAGGAAACCCCAACGACAGCCAGCGACGCGCUAUUUUGAAGGUCGAUCUCCUGGAAUCGGAGUCUUUCCAGGGUAUGUUCGAUACUUUGACGGUGGAACGCACGAUGGCACGCAAUAAUGGGCAACCAAUCAACCCAGCGUUCAUUUUAGCCUUUGUCGAGGGAGUGCUAGGUUAUCAGCUUGUCAGCACCGUUGGGGCUUGCAAGACUUACAAGUCCACUACGUUGUUGAAAUGA